CGUUCGGUCCUCCAGCUCUCUAUAGUUUAUAGCGGGACUGGAGCAGCAGCGAGUGCCUUGGGGGGAGAGGCAGGUGUAGCGCUCCCCUUAUAUAUACACACCAUAGGUAGCGGCGCCCUCCUGUGUUCACUGCCAGUUUAUCUUUGCACUUUAUUGGAGUUCCAUAAACGCUGGAUUCUCCGAGUGUUGGACAUGAGCGAUGAGACCUGCCCUGAGGAAGGACUGCUUGGUGGUCGACCCUCGAAGAUGAGAUGACCUGACGUAAUUUGCGAUUUUGAUAUUUGCGGUGCAGCGAUUCGGAGCCCAGCGAUGAUGGGACUGGGUAGCACCAUUGGCAAUUUCUUCUGCAGUAUAAGACUGCUGUUGUUCAUCGUUGUGUGUUUGAUGAUAGUUGGCUGGGCCAGCUUCUACUUGCGGGACAGCGCGCGUUUAAUCCCCACAUAUAAGGUGCCGGAUCGUUUCUGGAGGUGUCCGCCGCUUGAUAGGAGGUCGGAAGACAAAACGCCAUCGUCUGUGGAACAGACUGUGAAAGAAGAAUCAGAAAUUUGCCCUGCUCUGUCUCCGAAUCUGAAGGGGACCAUACCACUCUCCUUUGAGCCUUCCUUGAAUUUAAAAGAAGUACAGAAAAAGUACCCCAAUGUGGACAAUGGUCGCUACCACCCAGCCAGCUGCAGAGCCCAGCAACGUGUGGCCAUCCUCAUCCCACAUCGGAACCGGGAGAAACACCUCCUCUACCUACUAGACAACCUCCACCCCUUCCUGCAGCGGCAGCAGCUGGACUACGGCAUCUACGUCAUUCAUCAGGCUGGUGAUGGGAAAUUCAACAGAGCCAAGUUACUCAACGUCGGGUACCUAGAAGCAUUGAAAGAAGAGAAAUGGGACUGUUUCAUCUUGCAUGAUGUGGACCUGGUACCUGAAAACGAUUUCAACACCUACCUGUGCGACACCGAGCCCAAACACCUGGUGGUUGGCCGCAACGUCACCGGAUACAAGUUGUGGUAUAAAGGGUAUUUCGGAGGUGUGACUGCCAUGACCAGGAAUCAGUUUGCCAAGGUGAACGGUUAUUCAAACAAUUACUGGGGCUGGGGAGGCGAGGACGACGACCUACGGCUCAGGGUGACCUAUAAUAAGAUGACGGUGGUCCGGCCACCCCCGGAGAUCGCCCGCUACACCAUGGUCUUCCACACCAGGGACUCCGGAAACGAGGUCAACAACAGGAGGAUGAAGCUCUUGAAGGAAGUGUCCAAGGUCUGGAAGACGGACGGUCUGAAUUCCUGCACCUACAGGCUGCUGUCGGUGGAACACGAACCCCUUUACAUUAACAUCACAGUGGACAUAGGAAAGCCACAGUAUUAGCUGGACCUUCACACAUAAACAAGUUUUUCUAUAGAGACUACAGUCCAUGCAACUGGAACUGACCUGAUGCUGCAGAGCUGAAUUUUGUACUCUAUCUCCAUUUCACAUAUCAGAAGAGCAGACUCCCGGAAAACCCCCAUCAAUCAACAAUUUAAACUCCAAGGGAAGAAAAUCUUGUCUAGAGACUAUAUCGGAAGUACAGGAAAAGGAUGAGAGCUCCACAAGCCUUGAAAAAGUCCAGUAAGAUUUUAUUUUUUCGCAACUAGAUGUCUAAGAAGCCAACAUGUUUCGAGGUCUCAAAGCUCCCCAUUCAUCAGGUCUCGAAUGAUGAGGGUAAAGUUGGAAAGCCAACCGAUAAUGAAAUGUUUUAGGGUUGGCUUUCGGUUUCACGUUGCAAUUAUUGUCCAGUAUCUUUAAUUUACGAAGCCCUGAUAAAGAGGUAGUUCUAAGCCACUGAAACGUGUUGGCUUCUUGUGAAAAAUAAAAUCUUACUGGACUUAUUCAAGUUUUGUGGUGCUCCCUUUCUUUUAUUGUCCUUCAAAGCACUCCAGGGACCUAGGACACCUCCGUUGACAGAGGGCUGCCUCUUAAAGCGGAAUACUCGCCUCCUUAUCUGCCUAUCUUGGGGUUCAGUGCUCCACCAACACAUAUCUUGUUGGAGACCACAUCAGGGCAGAUACAACUUCACUGAACUAAAGCGGAAUACUCGCCUCCAUAUCUGCCUAUCUUGGGGUUCAGUGCUCCACCAACACAUAUCUUGUUGGAGACCACAUCAGGGCAGAUAAAACUUCACUGAACAUUUCUAAGGGUAAGCCGUUCUGAACUGUGGACCAACCCACGCCCUUACCUGUAUCUCACUGGGAAGUUUGUGGCCAUUUUGUGUUUUUUGUUAUUCAUACCAUCCAGGUCUGAAGAGGAAGAUCGUUACAUGAAGUUACAUCCAGCAGGGCAGUGACGUCACUACAAUUGUAGUCAAGCCACACUUCAGCUGCCCCCCAUAACAGAAGGUUCGUACCUCUGUACGAACCUGGGGCUGGAGGUAAACGCUACAAGAACCUGUGCAUUGCACGUGAUUUUAAUGCAAGAAAAUAGUAAAUUCACAUUGGAUCAAUAA